ACUCGGUUGGGGUAAAAGAUAGGUUGGCGAGCAGCACAAGUCUCAAUUCGCCACGUUUUGUUUUUAAUAAUUCUCUUGUCUGAAUACAAUCGUGACACGUAAGAAUUAACCCUGUGAGAAAUUAUCCAAAACAGUUGGUGUAAUCCACUUGACGACGCAACUGUAGCGUAGUUUCCGAUCACUUCCGGCGGCCACCCCCGGUUUCCUAUUCCCAACCCCACAUAAAACUAUUCCGGUUUCCGCUGAAAAAAUCUUUCCAUUUCAAGGUGUUUUAGGUCUUGACUAUAAGGUGCUCUCCCUUAUGUGCAUAAAGAUUGUUUUUUUACUGGAAUUUCUUCCUUAGUUUUCAACAAUGGCGGCUGCUAGCUCAUUGCUGUUGCCCCGUGAAAUGGGGAUUCAUGGGAAAUAUGGCUACAAUUGCCCAUCUAAGGGCAUGUUUGAUAAGAGCCAGAUACAUUCAUCUACUUCGUUUCUUUCAUCUCAUUUUUCGCGGCAGGACUUUUGGAGUGUCCACCUACUGAACUGUGUACGGCCUUUAUGUCUCAGUCCUGUAUAUAGUAGACAUAAUAUUUUCCUUUGCCAGUCCAUAUUAAAGCCUACUGGAGGCUUUGAUGUUUCUGUUCUCAAAACAGCCGCUUCGAUAUUGACAAGUUCAUUUAAUGCCCUGCACGGAAGCCCGCUUGUGCAUAAGUUGGUUCCAGCUGUUGGCGUAAUUGCAUUUGCUGCUUGGGGUCUCAGCCCACUCAUACGUUUUGGCUGGAUUCUUUUCCUUCAUAAGAGUGAUACUAAUUGGAAAAACAGUAACACACAUUAUGUUGUGACAUCUUAUCUUCAACCUUUGUUGCUAUGGGCUGGAGCUACACUUAUAUGCAGAACGCUGGACCCAGUAAUUUUACCUUCAGUCCGAGUACAAGCUGUCAAGCAAAGGCUUUUAACUUUUAUACAGUCAUUAUCUACAGUACUCUCAUUCGCCUAUUGUUUAUCAAGCUUGAUUCAGCAAACACACAAAUUUUUUGGAGAGACAAAAGACUCAAGUGAUGCAAGAAAUAUGGGAUUUGAAUUUGCGGGAAAAGCUGUGUAUACAGCUGUAUGGAUUGCGGCUGUGUCAUUGUUCAUGGAGCUGCUUGGUUUUUCCACGCAAAAGUGGCUAACUGCUGGGGGUCUUGGUACUGUAUUGCUCACUCUUGCUGGUCGUGAGAUAUUUACAAAUUUUCUUUCGAGCGUAAUGAUCCAUGCGACAAGGCCUUUUGUUCUGAAUAAUUGGAUUCAAACAAAGAUAGGCGGUUAUGAAGUCUCUGGUUCAGUCGAGCAUGUCGGCUGGUGGUCGCCCACGGUCAUAAGAGGUGAUGAUCGUGAAGCAAUUCAUAUUCCAAAUCAUAAAUUCACGGUAAACGUGGUUAGGAAUCUUACCCAGAAGACUCAUUGGCGUAUCAAGACUCACCUUGCUAUCAGUCACCUCGAUGUGAAUAAGAUCAAUAAUAUUGUUGCUGACAUGCGGAAAGUUUUAGCCAAAAAUCCUCAAGUGGAACAACAAAAAUUACAUAGACGAGUUUUCCUCGAUAAUAUCGAUCGAGAGAAUCAGGCUCUUUUGAUCAUGGUGUCUUGCUUUGUAAAGACUUCACAUUUCGAAGAGUACCUUCGAGUCAAGGAAGUCAUAUUGCUGGAUCUUCUUAGAGUUAUCAGUCAUCAUCGUGCUCGCCUUGCCACGCCUAUCCGCACAGUGCAGAAGAUAUACAAGGAGGCCGAUGUGGAUGAAGUGCCGCUUGCUGAUUCUGUUAUGACUGUUAACCGUGCUAACCACCCGUUCCUCCUGAUUGAGCCGUCUUAUAAAAUUAAUAAUAGCAGUGAGGAUAAGACCAAAGCGGCUACGCCUCCAAGACCUAACCAAGAAAAAGACGGGAAAUCUGAGGUGCAGACGACGGCUUCCAAGGCGGUUGAUGCUUCCCCGCCAAUUGUCGAUGGCAACAGAAUAGAUACUCGCGGCUCUUCAGGGUCUAGUACUGACACCGAACCAGGAGUAGCAACCUCGGAAUUGGAUGGCAAAAUGCCAAACACUGGCUCGGUUCAAAGUAAAAACGAGAGGCAGCAAGUUGACAAGGUAGUUCCUGGGGAGGUAGAUGCACCUUCGGCUGUUUCACAGGCAAAACAAGACGGUGAAAGACCCACCACCCCGGCACCAUCUCAGGCAGUGGCGAGGCCAACGCUAGAGGAAAACAUACUUCUUGGCGUUGCACUCGAAGGAUCAAAGCGCACGCUCCCGAUUGAAGAAGAAAUGACUCCAUCCCCAUCCCCAUCCCCCGCAGCUGCUGCAGAGUCGAAGGAGUUGGCCGCCUGCCGGAAUGGGAACAGCGCGACGACCACCACCGGCGGCAAAGAUAAGAAGGAUGACGCCGGAGUUCAAAGCUCCCCAAGCGAUUUGAAAGAAUGAUAGGAGUGAUUUGAAUGUGCGCAAUAAUGCAGUAAGGCCAUAUUUUUUUAGCGCCGGCAUUAUUGUGCACUUGUAGAGUCGUACAUGUUACCAAAGUUCCACUGUUGUUGUACUGUAAAAGAAGAAUCUGCCACCAUUGAAGUAUUUAAAUUGGUCAAUACAAAUUGUGGUUCUUAUUUCA